UUCUGUCCCCUUCGCAGGGUUGUGACGGCGCUGGUGGUGGUGGUGGUGACGCUGACGGCCUGCCGCGAAAUUGAGGCCUUCUCCUUCGGGCGACUCUUCCCUGCUUCGCGGCGCGGCGUCCGGGGAUCACUCCUCUCCAGCUUUGCUAACAGCAGAGUUUCGUCUGGUUCCCUGAAAGACGUGAUGAAGCAGGCUAUCAUGAAGACCAACCCGCCCAAGCACAGCAGCAGCAUCAGGCCGGAAGCGGUGAAGCACGAGGUGAGACAGGAAGCCUUCAAAGAGAACAAGGACGCCAAGGAUAAGGUGAAGACGCAGCCUCAGAUCUACAAGACGCCAUUUUCAGCCACACACGCCCAACGAACGCCAACCACCACCACCACCACUACCCAGGCACCUACCACCACCACCACCACCACCACCCAGACCCCGCCAGCCAUCCCACUCACCGACUCCCCGAUCUACUAUAUCCGCCUGCCCCCGCGGCCCUACGUCUACAUGCCUGGCCUUGGUUACGUCUCACCGAACCGCAACCGCUUCAACUUCCUUCGUCCAAACGUCAACUUCGUCAACAACGGCAAACCCUCCAGCGUGUUCCACUUCAAGGCCCCCUCCACGCCGGGACACCACAUCCCUCCACCCACUGCAACCACCCCGACCACCACCACGACUACCACGACCACCACCACGACGCCUCCGCCCACCACCACUAUCAAGCCAACGACGACCUUGAAGCCAAGUCUCAUCACGUGGCUCACAGGUCCUUGGUUCUUCAACGGACGACCCUCCAAUCUGUUCAUCUACCGUUCCCCCUACAACCCCUCCCACCUGGACAAGUUGCAUCAGACCUACAAAAAACCGGAAGUCUACGCCAAGUAAGGGGAGCGUGGAGUGCCUUCUAUGCGAACUCGACGGACCAUGCACACCACCAAGACGACUCAAGGACGGCGUCACUGUUGAGGAGGAUGUUAUAGUAUUGAUUUUUUUUUUUUUUUCGCAAACGACUGACAAACGAAAUUAGUACCCAAUGUAUAUUACACUGUCUCUUUUUACUUCCUCUUUUACUUACUCAACGGUGCAUGAAGAUGACUUUUCUGUGGAGACUUGUGUUAGAGCGUUGAUAUGAAUAAUGAUCUUGCAAACGACUGAUAAACGUGAUAGAUGUCCAUUUAAAAUAGUAGUGUACUUCUCCUUCAUAUACUGACUCAGCAGACCACGAAAAUGACUCAAGGACGGACAUUUAUGUUGAGGACUCUUAUGCCACUGAUACUGAAUUAUGAUAUUGUAUAUGACCGAAAAGCGCGAUUAAGGUCAUUAAGAAAUAGCAGUGUACGUUUUCCUCUGUUCGGUUUUACAUUUUCAUAAAAAGAAAUAUAUAAUGGAUAGAUUCAUCUAAUUUCCAUUAAUUAUACAUCUGCCGAAAACGUGCUACAAGAGAGGGGGAAUAUCUAAUAUUAUUCGAUUUCAGAUCAAAAAUGUAUAGUAAAGUUACUGAUAUACUCGUCUUAAUGUCCACUAUUUCUCUUCUUCGAAAACGUGUUACAAUAGGACGUGAAGGUUGUUAUUUCAAGCCGUUAUUCUUGGUCACGUCGUUGUGUUCACUCUAAACACACAGCGUCGGAGUCACCGAGGCGAGAGUGUGCAGAAGUGUUGCCAAUACCCAGACGACGGCGGGAGGACAGACGAAGAGAGUGGGAUACUAUACAUACAUACAUAUUAUUUAUUUGCCGCAUAUAAUACACUUGUAUGCACGACGAUGAGCCAUAUUUGUUCCUUAGUGUUCCUGGUAGAUGAGAAGCGUUUCCCGGGGGUCGGAUGUACUGUGAUCAGUUAUGUAAUGUUUGUUUGCUUGUUUGUUUGUUUGUUUGUUUAUUUGUAUGUUUGAUUGUUUGUUUGGCUGUAUGUCUGUUUGCGUGUGUCUGUUUGUAUUUUCCGCUCCUAGAGUGGCUUCCUGUGGUGCUUCCGUCGGUGAGCAGCUUUUUGGGCCUGUAAGGGGGGUGAGGGUGGUGAGGGGGAGUAGUCCUGGAAAGCCGUGCACGGCCUGAGGGUCUGUUAUGAGAGGCAGGUCGUUCUGUCUGGCUCUGUCCGCUCACACCUUGGCCGGGGUUGCUGCUGCUAUAAUGCCUCACACACACACAUUGUUUUACCGCCCCCUCGUUGAUUCUACGUCGCCAAUUUGUACGCAUUGCUCCAAUUAGUUCUUAUAUCAGAGAAUACUAUGUUUAAAUGUUCUAGCAAACUGAACCGAUGUAUAAAGCUAAAAUAUCUGCAAAAUAAAGGUUGAUGAUCAAAUAUUACAUUAAACGCUAUUAUAUUUUCAUACUUCUGCUUAAUUUUUCUACGUAAUUUUUUGUUCUUUCUCUCCCUCUCUCCCUCUCUCACUGAUGUGAAUACUGAUAGGAAAUAUGUAUGCAAACUGGCGGACACACCCUACUUAGAAACUGCAAUGGCGGUGUUUACAAGGGAGCCGGAGAGUAAUUCAUCGCAGUUUGUUACGAAAAGUAUAUAUAU